AUGAGUAGAAAAUGUACAUCUUCCAUACCUUCAUCUUUUGCAUCAAUCUAUUUGAUUAGUGCUUUCUUUGCAAUUUCAUUUUUUUCUUUGCUUUAUAUCAAAUACCCAAAACAAAUCAAUAACAUUGAAUACUUAAAAAUUAUUGCACCAACAAAAUCCACCCCACCACCAUUUUUAAUCAAUGAUUUUACACUACCUUCUUUUAUCGUAAAUGAUCAUUUUAAGGUUGUUUCUGAGAGUUCUCCAUCAUUAAAUUCACAGUUUUCGCCUUCAAAUCAAUUAGAAGAAGUGACGGAUGAUGAUUUAAAACACGAAAAUGAAGAUGAAGAUGAAGAUGAACAUGAAAACGAAUCAACAUUUUCAGAAGUUGAUCAUAUUUCAUACCCACCAAGUAAUUUCACUAAAGAACAAAGAAUGGAAUGGAUCAAACAAAAGCUACCAGAGUCAAGAAUACUAGAAUCAACACCAAAAACCCGAAAAUUCGACAUAAAAAUACAACAAUUUGUUCGAACCAAAAGAUGCAAAGCAAUCAUUUUCCUUACAUGGAUUUCCCCCACAAGAUUAUUUGGUAAAAGAGAAAUGUUCUCCCUAGAGAGUAUACUUAAGGCACAUCCUAAUAGUUGUGUCAUCAUAAUCUCUCGAAUAAUGGGCUCUAAACAGGGGAAAACUAUACUUAAACCAUUAUUAGAACAGGGUUACUUAAUCCUUACAGUUGCACCAGAUUUCCAUCUGAUCUUUAAUGGCACACCAGCUCAAGAUUGGCUGAAAAGGCUUGAAAAUGGGCAGCUUGAUCCAGGCAAAAUACCCAUUACACAAAACUUUGCGAACCUUCUAAGGCUCGCGAUUUUGUACAAGUAUGGAGGUAUCUAUUUCGAUACUGAUAUGAUCAUUCUUAAGGAUGUUUCUGGGUUAAGAAACUCCAUUGGAAUUCAAGAAUUUGAUGAAGAAAAAAAGACAUGGAUUUCAGUGAACAAUGCUGUAUUGAUCUUUGAUAAGAAUCAUCCUCUUUUGUUUAAGUUCAUGGAGGAAUUUAACUCAAGUUUUGAUGGAAGUUUGUGGGGUCAUAAUGGGCCCUACAUGGCUACUAGAAUCAUUAAGGAAGUUAUUAAUGAUCCAAAGUAUCAAUUCAAUGUUAUGUCUCCAAUGGCUUUUUACCCAAUUAGUUGGCAAAGUAUUCUUAUGUAUUAUAGGAAUUCACAAGGGAAUGAUUCUGAAAUGAUUAGAGAUAUGUUUGGGAAGAUUAGUAAAGAGUCUUAUGGUGUUCAUCUUUGGAACAAAAUUAGUUGGAAUACUAAGAUUCAAAAUGGUAGUGUUAUUGGAAGAUUGAUUUCUGAUCAUUGCUCUAGAGACGUUCUCAACUCUCACAUAGGGAUGGUUAAGGGUCCAAGACUCUAUUGUACUCGCCUCGAAUCCGUCCUUUUUAAGGGUUUGGAUAUAUUUUUAAAAUCCAUGGAAUCUGGAUCUAUGGACAUAGAUCCGAGAGUCGGAUCUAGACCCGUCCUCUAG